GGAAAAGAGUGGCAGUGUUUAACCAGCGGCCAGUCUCCCAGCCCCUCCUCUCUGCCUGGUUAAGAGUGCGCAGGAAUUUCCGGCGGUUUACGCCCUUGCAGGGAUAGAGAGAAGGAGAGAGACAGAGGAGGAUUUGCUGAUUUUCUUACCUGGCAGCCGAGCUCCCGAGAGGUUGCUCAGACACCCAAUCGACAGACUGUGUGCCGGCCUCGUUAGUGAUUUUUUUUACGUGUGAUUGUGUAAUUUCUCCCUUUUUGUUUUGUUGCAAAUUGUUUGUAUCGAGUUUCUCUUGUCAGCCUUUAUAUUUUUUUUGAGAAGAAGAAGCAGCAGCAGCGGCGGAAAGAAUCAUGUCUGGUCCCAACUCGGCGACGAUUGAUACAGUGAAGAGAAAAAUCCAGUUCCUACAACAACAGGCGGAUGAAGCGGAGGAAAAGGCUGAGCAGCUGCAGCGGGAGCUGGACAGUGAGCGACAGGCCAGGGAGAGAGCGGAAACGGAUGUGUCCUCCUUGAAUAGGCGUAUCCAUUUGGUUGAAGAAGAGUUGGAUCGUGCUCAGGAGCGUCUGACUGCUGCCUUGCAAAAGCUGGAGGAGGCUGAAAAAUCAGCAGAUGAGAGUGAACGAGGAAUGAAAGCUGUGGAGAGCAAAGUCUUAAAGGCUGAGGAGAUAAUGGAAAUACAAGAGCUGCAGCUGAAGGAAGCUAAACAUAUUGCAGAGGAAGCGGACCGCAAAUAUGAAGAGGUGGCACGAAAACUUAUCAUCCUUGAAGGUGAGCAGGAGCGAACUGAGGAGCGUGCAGAGGUGUCGGAAAGUCGGGCGCGGCAAUUGGAAGAGGAACUUAAAGUAAUGGACCAGAGCUUGAAAUCGUUAAUGGCCUCAGAGGAAGAGUAUGCUUCGAAAGAAGAUAAAUAUGAAGAAGAAAUCAAGCUGUUAACAGACAAAUUAAAAGAGGCUGAAACUAGAGCUGAAUUUGCUGAAAGAUCUGUAGCAAAACUGGAGAAGGCAAUUGAUGAUUUGGAAGAAAAACUGGCCCAGGCAAAAGAAGAGAAUGUGGGCAUUCAUCAGGUGCUUGAGCAGACUCUAGUGGAUCUGAGCCACUUAUAAUAAUACUAACUGGGGGAAAAAAAGAAAAGCUUUACAUGCCACAAGUGCCCAUGGUACAACAACGUCUUCUGUGUAAACACUGCAAACCACCAGCCAAGUGUGAAACACAACAUGGGGUUUAGAACAACAAAUUAAUGUAGGCUCAAAUGUUUGUAUUGAAACCAAUAAAUUUCAAGGGGGAAGUCUUUCUUUUAAAACUAAACUUUAAUGCAGUGUGGGAACAAUUUUCUUUUUCUUUUCUGACUGCCCUGCCCUCUCCAUUAGAGUGAACUGGGCAGACCUUGACAUUUAUGCCAUAGACAUGUUAGCAGUUAUAACUGUAUAUUAGCUUUUACUUUCAGUUCUCUACCUGAUGGCCUUCCAUUCUUGACAAGCUUUUGUUUUUUUUUGUCUAAGUUUUAAAGCAAAAUAUAUUGACUUGAAGAGCUGUUGCCAAAAGUGCAUUUAUUAAGACCUCUCUGAUCUGAUGCUGGAUAACAUGAAAAAAAUAAAAAGAAUGCACACCACUUUCCUCUGCACCCCCCACAAACCCCCCCCCCCCCCGCCCCUGCAGGUUAGAAAUCUGGUUUUUGGUUAGUUGGAAGUGGUUUGUGUCGAUUUGAAACACAGAUAAAGUCGAAGCUUGUGAGGAUGUGGAAAAGGCCUGGUUUCUGAUAGCGGGACCACAUUGGCAAUUAUUGGCAAACAUUGCUGUUGUAUCAUACUGACCCAAGGUUACUAUUUGUAGCAUAUAGUAGAAAGUGUCACUAGAUAUCCCUAAUGUAAAAUCUAAUGACAUCUUCAAUAAAUCAUUGGGGAUGCCACCAUGACAUUGUAAACCUUUUAUACCCUGAAUAUAUGGGCUUGUGAAAAUAUGUACAUUUUUGUCAUAGAUUUAAAGAUCUUGAACACAGACUGGGAGUUUUAACAACCAUUUGCCCUUCUGUGAUGUAACUGUUUCUUCUCCCUAUGAAUGUCCUUGGAAUUCAACUUUAUCCUAUGCAAUUACCUGUGUAAGCUCGUUAUUUGUACGGUUUAUUAAACUUUGGAAUAAAA